AUGUCAGAAAGUUCAUCGAAGGAAUUUGAUGAUGAAUUCGUUAAUAUUAUGGAAUUAAUGUGGUCAUCUGAACCAAAUAGUAACUACAAUAUGUAUGUGUUAUUAGAAAAAUUAUCAAUAGAAAAAUAUGGCCAUGCCAAAGGGCUGCAUAAAUUGUCAGAAAAGCCAAAGGCAAUUCAAGACAAUAAACCCAUAAAAAUUGAUUCAACAACAGAUGAUUUAAUGGACCUUUUUGAAGAGGAUUUGAAAUGUGUAAUUUGCAGUGAUAUCACAGUAAGUUAUCGUAAUCAAUUAAUGGAAUGUGAUAAAUGUCAUUUGAUGUAUCACCAAAAUUGUCAUAAUCCACCUAUUGUCGAAAUCGACAUGAAUGUAGGCUGGACAUGUCAAAAAUGUUUAAAAACAACAACUUCAAGCACAUCACAUUUUAACGAUGAUAACAAGUCGUCUUGUGAUAGUGGAAAGGAUGAAAUUAGUAACAUAACCAAAUUUCUGGAAAAAGUUAAAUCAGGUUCUCCAUCAAAUAAUGAACAGAAAGUUUUUGCGAAAAGAAUUGUUAAAAAAAUUUCAAAAAGUACAAACGACUUGUUUAAUGAUCAAAUCAAACCAGAAUCAAGUGGCGAUAAUCGAAGAAAACUUUUGUUAUCGUUAAAACAUAAAAAAAAUCUAUUAGAACAGAAUAUUCGACCAUCAACAUCAAAAAAUGAAGUCCAAUCAAAAAAUGAACCAACAAAACAAUGUACAUCCAAAACACAAUUUCGAAAUACUGGUCCUACAAUAAAUAUUGCCAGUGCUGAAAAAAGAUUAUAUUAUAUGAAAAAACGAGCUGCUGAAAGUAAUCGCUUACGUCGUUAA